AUGGAUUUGGGUGGGGAGAUUCUGGAGGACUGGGUGUUCUUGACAAGAUUUUGUUUCCUCUCCGAUUAUGGCCGACUGGACUUCCGAUUCCGAUACCCUGAGGACAAGUGCUGUCAGAACAUCCUCCUCUAUUUCGACGACCCGUCCCAGUGGCCAGCUGUGUACAAAGCAAGGGACAAGGACUGCUUGGCCAAGGAGUCUGUCAUCAGGCCAGAAAACAACCAGGUCAUCAAUCUUACCACCCAGUAUGCCUGGUCUGGCUGUCAGGUGGUGUCAGAAGAGGGAACUCGCUACCUGAGCUGCUCCAGUGGCCGCAGCUUCCGCUCUGUGCGUGAAAGAUGGUGGUAUAUCGCGCUCAGCAAGUGUGGGGGAGAUGGACUGCAGCUGGAGUAUGAGAUGGUCCUUACCAACGGCAAGUCCUUCUGGACACGACACUUCUCAGCGGAUGAAUUUGGCAUCCUGGAGACAGAUGUGACUUUUCUCCUCAUCUUCACCCUCAUCUUCAUCCUCUCUUGUUAUUUUGGAUAUUUGCUGAAAGGCCGGCAGUUACUCCACACAACUUAUAAAAUGUUCAUGGCUGCAGCAGGAGUUGAGGUUCUGAGCCUCCUGUUUUUCUGCAUCUACUGGGGCCAGUAUGCCACAGAUGGCAUUGGCAAUGGGAGCCUGAAGAUCUUGGCCAAGCUGCUCUUCUCCUCCAGCUUCCUCAUCUUCCUGCUCACCCUCAUCCUUCUGGGGAAAGGAUUCACAGUGACACGAGGCCACAUCAGCCACUCAGGCUCGGUGAAGUUGUCUGUGUACAUGACCCUGUACACCCUCACCCACGUCGUGCUGCUCAUCUACGAGGCGGAAUUCUUUGAUCCAGGGCAGGUACUGUACACAUACGAAUCUCCAGCUGGUUAUGGGCUCAUCGGACUGCAGGUGGCAGCCUACGUAUGGUUCUGCUAUGCUGUGCUGGUGUCCCUUCGUCACUUUCCCGAGAAACAGCCCUUUUAUGUGCCUUUCUUUGCUGCCUACACUCUCUGGUUCUUUGCUGUCCCUGUCAUGGCCCUGAUUGCCAAUUUUGGGAUCCCAAAGUGGGCCCGAGAGAAGAUUGUCAAUGGCAUCCAGCUGGGGAUCCAUUUGUAUGCCCACGGUGUGUUUCUGAUAGACACUGUAACCUUGGUGGCUGGUGAGGCUCAGUUUAAUCAAGGUGCCCCAGAUCCACACUUAGCAAGGGAUGGAGCCAAGAGAAGUGACACCAGCUCGGAAUACAAGACAAGCACCCUUGCUGUCAUUUCCCCGACAUGGCCAGCUUAG